AUGGCAUUCCUUCCUUCUCGUCGGCUGCAGCCUGCCCCCCGCCCCUCCUCCUCUUCCUCAGCAGCAGCAGCAGCAACCCCAGCAGCAGCAGCAGCAGCAGCAGCAGCAGCAGCAGGAGGGGGUUUAGUACCUGAGGGCCUCCCCUCACGCCAACCCAUAGAGCCCCUGGGUUCUCUCUCUUAUAUACAGCAGCGUUCUGCUUUUGCUUAUAAUAUAAAUUUUAUUUAUCCUCUUCCUUCGCUGUCUAUACACCCGAAGCUCGCUGCUUUCUCUCUUCCUUCUUCUUUGUUUUCUUACCCUCAUCAUAAAUAUAUCUCUACAUAUACACCACCAGCAGCAAAUGCUGCUGCUGCUGCUGCUGCAGCAGCAGCAGAAACACCAGCUACAGCAGCAGCAACACCAGCAACAGAAACAACACCAGCAGCAGCAUCAGCAGCAUCCGAAGCACCAGCACCAGCAGCAGCAGCAACACAAACACCACCAGCACCAUCACCAGCAGCAGCAGCAGCAGCAGAAACAGAAACAGCAGCAGCAGCAGCAGCAGCAGCAGCACCUCCGUCUGUUGUUGACGUUGCUUGGUUGCAGCAGCCUCUCUCUGCUUUUGAGUCUGCUGCUAUUCUUCCUUCUUUAGUUAACCCCCUGGGGUAUCCCAGGCUAGCAGCAGAUCCGCAGCAGCAGCAGCAGCAGCAGCAGCAGCAGCAGCUGCAGCAGCAGCUGCAGCAGCUGCAUGCGGAUGAUGUUUAUCUACUGUCGAGGAUACUACCUGAGUUCGCUGGCAGCAGCAAAAGGUUCUGUACAUACACCCCAGACAGUGCUGCUCAGCAGCAAUCUGCUGCUGCUGCUGCUGCUGCUGCAGCAGAUGCAGCAGCAAAUGCUGCUGCAACAAAUGCAGCAGCACAACACAGAAAACGCCAGCAGCAGCAGCAGCAACAGCAGCAGCAGCAACAACAACUCAAACAUCCUACUCGCCCGCAUCUAACUGUUAAAAGGGUGCUGCCGCUGCUGCUGCUGCCGAAGCAAGCAUCUUCUGAUCUGCUGCAGCUGGGGCUUGACAUCCCCCCCCCCGAAGCAAACAUACUGGCGCUGCAUCCGUCUCCUGCUGCUGCUGCUGCUGCUCCUGCUGCUGCUGCUGCUGCUGCUGGUAGCGGUGGGGAUGCACAGGAGCAGCAGCAAGAACAGCAGCAGCAGCAGCAGCAGCAGCAGCAGCAGCAGGCGCUGCCGUGGGCGCUGCUGCUGCCGAGCGAGGGGGGGCCCUUCGACCCCAUAACAUAUGCUCUCUACCUGCGUGACAAAGACAAACCAGCAGCAGCAGCAGCAGCAGCAACAGCAGCAGCAGCAGCAGCAGCAGCAGGGAAGAAGGAGGCCUCAGCAGAACCGCCUUUGUCUUCAACUCCGAGCGGCUGCAGCGAGCGAGCCUUUCUGUUGGUAGUGCCUCCAGCAGCAGCAGGUGACGGCUCAGCAGCAGCAGCAGCAACAGCAGCAGCAGGAGGAGCAGCAGGAGCAGCAGCAGCAGCAGCAGCGGCAAAUGCAUGCUUGCUGCUGCCGCUGCUGGGGCCCCGACGCGUGCUGCUGAAGGCGGGGGCCAGCAGCAAGAGGCCGCGGCUGAUCGUAGCAGCAGCAAACGGAGAAGCAGAUGCAGCAGCUGCUGCUGCAAGUGCUGCAACAGAUGAAUUCGAGGGAGGUGUUCAUGGUGGUGGGGUUGGUGGCGAUGGCAGCGGGGGGAGAGAAGAAGAGGAAGAGGCGGGGCUCUUCAGUGACGAGCACGAGGACGAAGACAAAACACAAGCAGCAGCAGCAGCAGCAGCAGCAGCAGCAGCAGCAGCAACAGCAGCAGAUACAGCAGCAGACACAGCAGCAGAUGCAGCAGCAGAAGAGGAAAAAGAAGAGGAAAAAAAUGAAGAAAAUAAUAAAGACAGCAGCAGCAGCAGAAGCAGCAACAGCAGCAACAGCAGCAGCGGAGAUGAGGCCUCCUCAGACUCCUCCUAA